AUGAAUGCCAAUGGACCAGAAAGGCCACCAUCACUCCCCAGCAGACCAGCUGAACAGGAUCCAAACAGAAGAGGACCAGCUGGACAGAAAGCAAUAGCAGCAGAGAAACGCCAUACACGUGAACAGUCGCAUGAACAGAGCACAAGACCCACAGCAGAGAGAAAAAUCAGCAAAAUGAAAAAUGACCCUGCAUCAAAGCCCAGCACCAUGCCCAAGAUUAACAGCCAGAAGAUAGCCCCAGAUGGGACCUUACCUAAAUCAGUAGGGAACCCUGCUCCAACGCCAUAA